CCGUAUCUUUCACUUUCAGAUUUCAGUCUUCUUCGCUAGAGAGAAUCUAGGGUUUGUGGAGAAACGAGCAGUCAUUUUCGCCGGAUUUCCACAACAACAUUAGUGUGACAUUCAGAAGCGGAGCGACGGCAGUGAGUCUCUGAAAUCUUGAAUUCACUUUCUUCGAUUUGUUUGAGAAGAUAAUCGAAGAGAUUCCGGCGAAAUCACGAAUUCUGAAAGCUAGGAGGGAGUCGAUUCUCACUAUCGUGUCACUGAGCAAGGGAGGGAGUCCCCUGUUGAUUUGAGGGAUAUUUGCUGGGUAAGCCUCUUUAUUAUCUGUUGAGAAGUGAGCUCGAAGACAUACUUGUGCGUCUAGUUUAGCAGCCGGGAGUCUCCAGUUUCCGAGAAACCAGAGGUCGGCGAGGGUGGUAGCCAGAUGAAAGGAUGGUGCUAACUGAAAUGAGCCUUGACUACUCAAAUAGGGUUUUAGUUUCCCAAAAUGAUCAUGUUAAACAAAUGGACAGAGACGAGAUGCAGCAGAAAGAAAAUAUAUUAUUCUCUUCACAGGAAUUUGCUCAAAAGCUUCAAAAGGAAAACAUGACACUCAUGAAAGCCCUUGCACACCGAAAUAAAAUUGUCGAGUUGAGUGGCAUUGAGUUUCAGAAAAUGCGGAUCAACUUACGGAGUGUGCAAGAAAAGAAUUUGCAGCUUGCGCAGGCAAACAGUCAGAUGUUGGCGGAACUCAAUACAAAUAGAGACAGACUCAAGGAACUCCAGCAUGAGCUUGGCUGCAAGAAUGCAUUGCUUAAGGUCAAGAAACAGCUUGAGGAGCAAACACUUUCGCGUGCAGAUGAUGCAUCGAAAGACAAGGUGCAUGACAUGAAUCAAAAAGAUACCAAGAGAAAGCGGACAUCGAGGAUUAAACCUUCAAGAAGUGCCGACAUCAAGCCAAUACACGUGAAUGAGAAAGCUAAAAGUAAAAGGAGAGUUUCUGGAGUAAUUGAUACCACUGAUAUCCCUGAAGAGACCUGUCAGACUGUAGAUGACAUUGAAAAGGAGGUUGUCUCCGUCAACAAUAAGUUUGCUCUUGAUCAAGCAAACUCGGGAAAAGACUGUGUGCCUCGCAAGAGGCAAUGCACACGAAGGCAAUCUACCAGGUUUGAUGUUCAAGAAACUGAACAAACUGAAAAAUUGCUUGUGGUGGAUGGUCCCAAAGAAACUAGUGAAACCGCAAGGCUCUCUUUGAGAAGACGGUCUGCGCGGUUAAGGCCUGAAGAAGCUGAACCAUGUCAAAGCUUCAAUGAGGGAAACAAUGUCAUAGAGACGACCAAGAGGAGAAGACUCUCUUCAAUACUACGGUCUGCAAGGUUUGAUAUCCAAGUACCAGAAGUGACUGAAACCUUGAAUGCUGAUGAUGCAAGAAGUUUAGUAAUCGAAGAGUCUCUUGGAUCAAGAUCUGAAGUUGUGGAGGAACCAUCUGAAAGCAGAGGUGACACAAAAGAGGCAAGCCAAAAACACAGAGUCUCAACGAGAAGACAAUCAGCAAUGGGUAAAUCUCAAACCGAUGAAGCAACUAAAGAAAUAGCGACAGACCCAGCAUUGGACAACAACAUAGUUGAAGAGUGUGAGCACGAAACAGAAUCAAAAGAUAAGCCUAAAGAUGAUGAAAACGAAGUCAUGAUAAGAAGAUCAUCUGUGGGAAGACCAUCGAGACAUGCCGCAGAGAAAGUCCAAUCAUACAGAGAAGUCUCACUUAAAGUGAAGAUGCGACGAAAAUGCUAAAUCUCCAGCAUUGUCUUGGGCUUAUAUAUUCGUAAUCUGCAAAAAUUAUUGUUCAAAAGCUUACUUCAUGCUCUUGUAUGACUUCGCCGCCUACUUAAACAACGAUAGUCUAAGCUAUAUCUUCGGUUUUGUAUUUUGUCGUUAGUCUCUUCUAUGCUUAUUUUUCUUGAAUUACUCAUAACUAAAGUCGUUUAAUUAUUUGGUACUGUUUUGAUUUCUUGUUAA